UGAGAUUCCCCGCAGGCGGCCCCUCCACAGGCCUCCCCUCCGGCCUUGAAGGCUCUGCUUGUCUUCUCAUCCCGGGAGGAGGGCAAGGCCAUGGGUCUGGCCCUGCUGCUGCCCCUGCUGCUGCCCCUGGCAUCUCCGCAGGCAGGUCACUGGGCAGAACCCAGUCCAAACACUGACUAUGGGAUCAACCAACCGAAGGAACUCUCAGCCUCCAUCGGUGGUUCCGUCCACAUCCCCUUCUCCUUCUAUUACCCCUGGCAAUUAGCCAAGGUUCCCAACGUGAGAAUAUUCUGGAGAUGGAAACAAUUCCAUGGGGAGUACAUCUACAACACGACCCCACUGUUCAUCCAUAAGGAUUUCAAGGACCGGCUCCUCCUGCACUGGACACAGGGCGGGAAGAACGGCUCCCUCCAGAUCUCGAAACUGCGGAAGGAGGAUGAGGCUACGUACUUCUGCCGGGUGGCGCUGGACACUCUGAGAAGCGGCAAGAAGAUGUGGCAGUCCAUCCCCGGAACCACACUCACCAUCAUCCCCACCACCAACACAACCAUUCAAAGCCCCACCACCACCAUCACCACAACCACAGCUGGCCUCAGGGUCCCAGAGGACAAAAGGAGUUCAUGGUCUUGGCCCUUGAGUACUGAAGCUACAGUCGGGUUGGCACUGGCCAGCGCUGUGCUCAUAACUGCAAUUGUGGGACUGAUUGUGUACCUCAGGUGGAAAAGAAGCAAAGGUCUGCAGACUAAAGCCAGAACCCCAGCCAGGGGAUCCUUCCAAAACCCGGAGGAGAAAUACGAGAACGUUGGGAAUAAAGGACAACAUACAGGCCCCAAGCUGGACACCAAGGAUGACGGCAUCGUCUAUGCCUCCCUCGCCCUCUCCGGCUUGACCUCACCAGCAGCGCCUCCCCACCCGCCUCCCCAACAGGGCCCCCAGGAAGAGACCCUAUACACUGUCUUAAAGACCUAAGGAGUGGGACUGAGUGAGGACCUGCUUAGAGUCAGCUGCACACAGGGAUCUCAGUUUCUCAUAAUCACCCUGGACAGACACAGACGACUCAGAAGCCAGCAGGUGUUGAAGGCCACCAAGGACCUGAGAGACACACAGCCACCUGCUCCAGUUCCGUCUUCAACCUCCUAGCCCUUGACCACAAAAAU